UCCCAAGACCGCGACGAGCGCUCAUUCCCACCAUAGGAAGGUGACUUCCUUGGACAGAUUACAAGCCAAUUUGAGGAGUCCAAGAACUCCACCGCCCGAGUAUCCAGUUGAUGCUCAGGACGAUGCCGUCCAAAUGAGGUUAUUGGGAAAUGACUACCGGGACGAUAAAACACCAAAACCACUCUCUAAGAAGGAUAAAAAGGCAAUGGCGUUGUUGAUUGUUUUAUGGCGUACCAGUAAGCUCACCAUCAUAUUUUUCACAUCUCAACUGGUGUUCAAAUAUGUCUACAGUUGGCUUCAUCUCCCUAUCAUCAUACCCAUAUUCGCUCAAGCUUUUCUGGAGUCCUAUCGUCGAUUCACUCUUCUACUGGCGUAUAGGACGACGAAAGUCAUGGAUUGUGCCCAUGCAAUUUAUUAUUGGGACGAUGUCAUGAUGGAAAAGGUCUGUCUUGUUGACGUGGCUACAGACCAUUCUUUGUACUUAGACAUUGCAGUGGAUGGCUGGGCAUUGACGUUGCUCUCUGACGAUGCGAAAGCAUACGCAUCCACAGCCCAAACCAUAGGUCUGAACACUGGAUACUUUGCAUCGUACACCGUCUUCUUGGCCUUCAAUAGCGAAACCUUCUCCAUCGUAUCUUCAAUUCUGGAGCCCGUGUCACCGGACGAUCCUGAUCUUCGCCUCGUCGCAGUUUACAAGAACAUCCAAAAGAUCUUCUUGGUCCAUUUUGUAGCCAAAAUUGGUUAUAUGGGUCACGAGGUCGUCACUUCUCUGAAACUCGUGGAGAAGGGACUUCCCAAGGAAGACCUCGCCGUCGCCGUUUUGGUGGACUUUCCUUUCCAAAUCAUUGCAGGCUGGCUUGCAGGGAAAUGGUCCAGAGGUGAAAAGCCGCUUAGGCCGUGGCUGACCGCGUACUGGUUCAGAAUUAUGUUUGCAUUUAUAGGCAUGGCCAUGAUUUUGAGAACUAAAUUGGCCAAAGGACUAUCCAAUUCGUGGGAGUAUCGGCUUUCCACACCAGGAUCUCUGAUCCAACUAUCGAUGUUGAAUACAGCAUCAAACUUGGGUGGUACUUGGCCAGGAUUUUUCGUCUUGAAAGGUGUCGAUUUCUUCUCAAUCUCUCAUUGUGAAGCAAAGGAUGAGGCCUCUAAGCUCCUGGUAAAGGCCACAGAGUGCGUCAGUGAAGUAGGAAAGAAGACUUGCAAGAAAGCUGGCGGAACUUGUGUCAUAGAAAGGGACGGAUACUACGUCGUAUCUUUGAUAUGCAUCGCAGUAGGCCUUACCCUAUGGAUAGCAUUUGUGCGACCAACUGCCAUGAAACUACAAGGUCUGUUGCACAUCUAG